CGGGAAGGGCUGGGCGCGGGAGGAGCGGGUGCGUGUUCGUUCAUUGUUUUGGUAAAUGGUGUAGGGUUGGUGCUGCCGGACGCUCCCGGGCUGGUCCUGCAGGAUGGAGUUAACGCAUGGGCUGGAGCUGUUCCCUGACUGCACAGUCACCAUCCUCCUCUUCAACCACGUGAAAAAUGCAGCUGCUCUAAGGAAGAAGGCCAUGGAAGGGUCCAUCGAAGGAGCAUUAAUAAACCCUGCCAUGAUUGUAGAUCCUUUUCAAAUUCUUGUGGCGGCCAACAAAGCUGUUCAUCUGCACAGGAUAGGUAAAAUGAAAACCAGAACUCUCAAUGCCGAAAUUAUUUUCAGCCUUUCACCAAACAACAAUAUUUCAGAUGCAUUUAAAAAGUUUGGCAUUUCAGACAGUGACACAGCGGUGCUUAUUGUUCUGGUUGUGGACAAAGAAAAAACUGUGAAUCUGGGAGAUAUAGUAACUCAGGUGGAAGGCCAGCAGGUUUCUCUGAAUGAACUCCCCCAACUAACAGACACUGCCAGAGUUAAAAAGAUGUACAAAGUUACUCCGCAAGAAGAAAAACUCGGCACCUUAUUGGAUAGUAUUGUUUGCAGAAUGUCAACAAAAGAUGUUAUAUGAAAAUGUGUAAAUAAAUUUUUUCUAAAGGAAAAA